UAUGACGGGCUCCAAUGAAGAACUAACUGUAGAAGAACCUUCUAUCGGAGAUGAAGCUGCCAUAAUACCUUUUGUAGAGAAGGAAACCGGUUUGGUGACACCCUCCCUCAAAAAAGGAAUUACUUAUUUAAAACAAGCAAUUGAAGAAGAUUAUGCAGAAAACUUUGAGGAAGCUUUCAAAUUAUAUAAAAAUGGACUUCAAUGUUUUUUAAAUGCUUUAAAAUACGAACUAACAAAUCAAGCAGUCAAAAGUCAGGUUAGAGCAAAAGUUUUACAAUAUCUCAACAGAGCUGAGAAACUGAAAGCCGAUUUGAUUAAAAAUGAAAAGGAUAAUCAAAGCAACGACAAUAAGAAAGAAUCGGAUAAGAGAGAAAUCAAUCCACAACUUCAAAAAGAAAUUGUUUUUGAAAGUUGUAAUGUACCAUGGGAUAAAGUUAUUGGUUUAGAAGCAGCCAAACAAGCUCUGAAAGAAAGUGUUCUUCUGCCUAUAAAGUUCCCAAAUUUAUUUACUGGUACAAAACUACCUGGGAAAUGCACUUUAUUAUUUGGACCACCUGGAACUGGAAAGUCAUACUUAGCGAAAGCUGUUGCAACUGAAGCAAAUAGUUCUAAUUUCUUUUCAAUAUCGUCUGCUGAUCUGAUAUGUAAAUGGCACGGAGAGGGUUUAAAAGUGAUCAAAGACACCUUUAGAAUGGCUAGUGCAAGGAAACCUAGUAUAAUAUUGUUAGAAGCUAUUGAUUUCCUAUUUUCCAAUGAAGACAAUAAUGAGCAUGCAAGAAAGUUAAAAACUGAAAUUCUAUGUCAAAUAAGUAUACAUUGGCAUGAAAGUGAUGGAGUAUGGGUUAUAGGAUCGACAAACACUCCGUGGACUUUAGAUUAUCGUGUCCUCAAAUAUUUUACAAAGCGUAUACAUAUUCAAUUACCAGAGGAAGAUGCUCGUACUACUUUGUUUAAAUUAUACAUGGAGAAUUCUGUUAAUGAGUUACAUGAAGACGAUUUUAAAACUUUAGGAGAAAAGACUGAAGGAUUUUCUGCAGCUGAGAUACAUCAAAUUACACGUGAAGCUUGCUUACAACCAGUUUAUAAAGUACGAGAUGCAACACAUUUUAGAACAGUAAGUGGACCAUCACCUACUAACAAAGAGCAGAUUGUAGAUCUGUUGACUCCAUGCAGUCCUGAAGUUCCAGAAGCCAUAGAAAUGUCCUUUAUGCAAAUUUCAGAAAAUGAAUUAUUAGUACCUGCAGUAACUUUGAGUGAUAUGCUAAAAAUUCUAAACAAACUAAAACCAAUAGCAGACGUCGAUUAUCUGAAAAAAAUGGAGAAGUUUAAGGACGACUAUAGUUAA